AUGGGUGACCGUGGAAAUAGUAAGGAGGAGUCGUCUGGGGAUGUCUCGCUCAGUAUCGACGAGACUAAUGCAUUGCGCAUCAAACUCGGUAUGAAACCACUGGAUAUGAAACCUAGUAGAGAGAAACAGGAAGUAGAACGAUGGAAGGAACGUGCAGAUAUGGUGGAACAGAAUGCUGAGAGUGCUAAGCUGAUGAGCAAGAUAUUUGAGCAGAAGGAUAG